AUGUUUUCUCUACCUAUGAUUGCCCCGGUUCCGGACGCCAGGCUAUGGCCUUCUUACAAUACAACGCACACAGACUUCUCCGACAGCUCUCACUCCCCUCCUAACACCUCGCAUGGCCACCGCCGACCGACCUCACAUCAUGGCUCGCACCAGAACCAUAACGCCUUUCUUGCCGCCCUCACUGCCGAUGAAAACACAAUAACGCAGCGCAAACUCAACGUCUGCCGUUUUGGCGCCGGCUGGCUUCGUCCAAUUGGUGUCUCAAAGACUCUCCAACAGAUCAGAGAUGAAGAACUCGAGAAGGAAGAACAGGAGUUGAUGCAGCGCAGGGAACAAGUUAUGUUGGAUCUCGCUGCUGCCCAACAGGAUGCUGCCAACGAAGAGGAGCGAGAGAGGGGAGCGAGAGAGGAAGAGGCUGGCGAAGGAGAGGCAGAAGUUGACUUAGACGAUGACGUCCCGGAGGCACAGAGUAACUCGAGCGAGUCAGAGUCAGAGUCAGAGUCUGGAAGCAGCAGUGGAGAAGAAGAAGAAGGAAGCGAGGAAGGCCGGGAAGAGAGCACGGUUCCCUUCAACGAGGACAGCUUCAUCGAAGGUAGUAUGCUCGAGGCGGAAGUAUCUCACAUGCUAGAGAUGGAGGAAGCCGAAAUGGCUGGCGUUCUGCAAGAUGAGCGCGACCUCGACGACGACGUUCCUGAAGCCGGCAGUUACGAACACACCGACUCUGAGCUCGAAGACUCUAGCGACAUCGACAACAGCGUUUUACCACCUGGUCUCAGCUCCGUGCGUUCAAGACGCUCUACUAGGCGCCGCUCGAGUGGAAGACGCAGCUCCGGUCGUCGCAGUUCUGGACUUCCUCAUGGCAUGGCAUUGGGUGUGCAGCCGGCAGCAGGAAGGAUUAGUCUGGGUGUUGAUCUGGGCAACGGACGCAGCAGUUUCGGUAUAGACGGUAGCAGUUCCAUGCUCGAGGGAAGUUCUUUCUUGAGGAGUUCGCCUGUAGGUCCUUCAACGGCUGCAAGGGGAGGUAGUCUUCGAGAUCGGUUCUUGGGAGCUGCGCGUGGUGGAGAUGGUGGAGGCGGUGGUGCAAGGAGGGCUUGA